CGCACACAGCACACGUACGGGAGCGCUGAGUCAAGUCGAUACACACACGGUAGGUCUGCUGGCUAUGCUGCAAAGACCCGUGUGAUAAAACAAAACAAAACCGAAGAGCCUCCGCAAACGCAAACUUCGCUUCUAGCCGGUGGUGCGUGUUUCAAGCCUCCUAGUGCUCGUCUAAAGCUUUCCACGACAGAAGUGCGCCCCCAGAAUACGAUGGCGGACAACGAGCAAAAAGCGAUGCAGCUCGUGGCCGAUGCCGAGAAGAAAAUCAAGUCGGCUCAUGGGUUUCUCGGAUCGUUAUUCGGGAGCUCAUCUAAACUGGAAGAAGCAUGCGAAAUGUACGCACGCGCAGCCAACAUGUUCAAGAUGGCCAAAAAGUGGAGUGCGGCCGGGAGCGCUUUCUGCGAAGCCGCAAACCUUCACCUGAAGAAUGGCAGUCGACACGAUGCUGCGACCUGCUUUGUUGAUGCGGGCACAUGCUACAAGAAGUCGGACCCACAAGAGGCUGUCAACUGCCACCUGAAGGCUAUUGAAAUCUACACAGACAUGGGCCGCUUCACCAUAGCAGCAAAGCAUCACAUGACAAUAGCAGAGAUAUACGAGUCUGAAAUCGUUGACAUCGAAAAGGCCAUGUCCCACUUCGAGCAGGCAGCAGACUAUUUCAAGGGCGAGGAGUCUACAAGCUCUGCGAACAAGUGUAUGCUGAACGUGGCUCGGUAUGCUGCUCAGCUGGAGCAGUACGAGAAGGCUGUUGACAUUUAUGAACAGGUGGCAGCAUCGUCGCUAGACAACCAGCUGCUCAAGUACAGCGCCAAGGAAUACUUGUUCCGCGCUGCACUCUGCCACUUGUGUGUCGACGUUCUCAACGCACAGCAUGCACUGGCCAAAUAUGAAGAGAUGUGCCCCUCGUUCAUUGACUCCCGGGAAUACAAACUAGUCAAGGCCCUGAUCACCAAGUUGGAAGACCAGGAUGUCGAGGGCUUCACGGACACUGUGAAGGAGUACGACUCCAUCUCUCGGCUCGACCAGUGGUACACAGUCAUUCUCCUCCGUAUCAAGAAGACUUUGCAGGAGACGCCCGACCUACGUUAAAGAAGAUUUCGUGACGGGGUUGGGUCAAACAUAAGGACAAAAAAAGAGAGAGAAAUAAGCAGAUGUGAUGUCCCUAGACAAGUCUUUCUGUCUGUUCCAUCUGUCCCUGCUGUCUCAGCAGCUUUUUUUUUUUUCACUUCCGUUAAGUCAUUUGAGUUCGAAAGCUGAACAAGCGAGGAAAUAGUGGCCUGAACUGUUCCUUCUCGUGCUUUUCAUGAGUGCAAUGACGGAGGGUUUGUUUGUUUUUUUCGUCGCAAGCUAAAAGUGAUGAAAGCAUAAGAGGCUGAGAACUGCAUUCACAAGCGUAAGGGAAAAAAUGGAGAGGUGGUACUUUUUGUUGCCAUUGGCACUUUGUAAAAGAUAAAACUAAGAAGUUUGAAACAAUGAAUGUUUUCUCUUGUUUUGCAGCUCAGGUGUGAGCUGUUGUUAUAAACCCUUCGUCGAUCCACUUUUCAGAUAGUGCAUAAAUAUUGUAUGACAGAGUGCACAUGCACAGCAGAACUUGGCGGUGAACGAGUUCUGCAGAGUCCAGUCGUGCCAGAUCAUUCAUCAACUUGUGUUGUGGCAUCUGUGAAGCCUCUUGUGCCAGCCUAGCCGUAACAGUCAUCUGUGUGUUGCUGUGACUUGUGCGUCGCCACUUGUUAAAAACUGUGGUGUUCCAGAUACCCAAUAAAACUUGCUCGUUUCGUUCACUUGAUGCGACUCUCUCUCGGGUCAUGACUCAUGGUUAGUGUGAUGCUACUGACUCAGGACAAUUGACUAUUGGUCAAUGUGAUGCUACUGACUCAGGUCAGUUGACUCAUGGUCAGUGUGAUGCUGCUGACUCAGGUCAGGUGGCUCGUGGUCAAUGUGACACUACUGUCUCGGGUCAGUUGACUCAUGAUCAAUGUGACGCACUGAGGUCAAUCGACUCAUGGUCAAUGUGACACUACUGACUCUGGUCACUUGAUUCCUGGUCAAUGUGACUGUUACUGACUCAGGUCAGUUGACUCAUAGUCAAUGUGACAUACUGACUUUGGUCAGUUUAACAUAGUCAAUGUGAUGCUACUGACUAGGGUCAAUUGACUCAUGUUCAUGGCACUAAUGCAUCUGGUCAGCUGCAUCGCCUUGAUUGUGACAUCUAUCACAGCACACGCAGAGAUGUCUGUUGGUUCGGUUGUACCACUCAUCUGACAGAAUGACUAAGUUUGUGUGCUUGGCAAGCUGGAUGCUGCCACUUGUCCUAAAUUACGAUGUUUGAGAGAUCUGGCUCCUAUUCCUUUUUUGGAAACUGUGGAUCUCCUCUACGGCCAGGAGUUAUGGCAACUAUGUGUUGGCAGUGUUUUGCACGCUGAUAUAACUUAUUCUCGCCCACAUUAUGACAGAUUUUGACACUCAGGGCAGUAAACUUGAACCAUACACGUUUCGCUAUGUUGAAAUUUUUGACAUUACACUUACAGAUCUGCGAAGGUGUUUUCAAUACGUUAUUUUAUUUGACUGAAUUGCUGUUAUAGGUGAAUCAUUACCACAUCACUACAAUAUCGGGGUUGUUUGAUAAGCAUGUUUAUUAAAAGCUGCAAAUGGUACCGGGCUCGAUUUUGUUUGGCAGCUUUAUUGAUGCUGUUAAAAAGGUUUAUUUGACAAAUAGAUCAUUGCAUACCUGGGUAUUAGUAAUAUUUUAGUCAGUUUAUUAUUUACCUGUUUGCAUUGUUAAGCUUUUUUCUAUUUUCUGCAACCUUCACUGAAUCCAUGAUGCCAAUGCUAAUAAGAGGUGUUACAUUAUUUAAAGUGGUGAGGACAAAGCAAGUGACAAUAAAUGCGCCUUGUUGAAUAACUGUGUUACGUUUAUGUUGCGUGUCACUUAUGACCGGGUGGGUAAAAGGUUUCUCGUUGCAUAUCUCAUGGCAGUAAUGUGAACUUCUGCUGUACAUGUAUGGCAAUGGUAGUUAUUGUAUUUACGACACUACAAUGUGAUUUGGCACGCUCUUUUUAUUUCAGGAGUACAGGUAAAAAUUCAUGUACUAAACUUGGAAAAGUCAGACUUGGCACUAGUGGAGCAACGGUUUCCUGUUGACAUGCCCAGGCUAGACCACAUUUCGAGUCGCUACAGAGUGUACUUAAUUUCACGAAGAGCAGUGUAAAACAUGGAGUUUAAGGAAUUGGCGGUUUCCGUCAUAUUUCGGUUAGUUCGCCAUAAACUAUGUACAAUGUUGCCCCGAUCUUGUACUUUCUUCUGCACCUAAAGCGUGGGGAUUGUAUUUAAAGAAGAACUUACCUUUGUGUUCACUUUUACGGUUGCCCCAGAUACUUUUUUUCUAGGUAUGGCUGAGCUGCCUCCGUAGAACAUAGAAAUGAGCCUCUUGCUGGGGCAUUUUCGCCAUGAGGAAUGACGACAUUCCUACUCAAAGAAGCACCGGCAGUCAGUGUCGCUUACAAUUAAGCUUGUUGCCCUUGCUUCGCUUCAAAUACCGACAGGCCAUUCGUAAUAAAUGUAGUAGAUGUCUAUUGCAUAUCAGUGUCUAGCCAGUUUCCAUUUCUCGCAUUACACAACCGAGUAAGCUUUUCAAUCUCAACUGAACUCCACAGCUUGUAUUGGUGCUAUGAAGUCCCUGCUAAGACCAGAAUUUAAGAAGUGUUGAAUUGUAUUUUGUGUUGUCUGCCUGCUGUGAAGAUGGGUUUGUGCAUAGCCAGGGUGGCCAGCUGACGAGUGGCAGAUAGCCUUUUCACGAAGAACCUGAAUAUGUGAAGCAUGGAGGCAAAAAGUACAUGAAAAUGAUAGUUGGGGAGGCUUAGGUACUCUGAUCGAAACGUAUUUUCAGUCUGAGCUUUACUUUUGCAUCUAAUCGACCUGUCGUCCUCACUGGCAAAACAAGUCGGAACUACAUUUGGGUUCACCAUUUUGUGUUCGAUGCAGUAAGUGACGAUAGCGGAAGGUUUAGGGCAGCUUUACGCAGUCAGCUUCAGAAAUGUCACAUUCGGGGAAAUUCAUGGCAGUGAGAUUUUGCAAGGUACAUGUAUCUUGGAAAAGAAGGAAAAAAGUGGAGAUAAGAUUUAUAUGCACCAGUGCAUAUAUGUGCAUAAAUGCAAGGUGUACUUCUGUUAUUAAGAUGCCAAUAUCGGUGACUAGUAAAGCUGGCUAUCGCAGUGUGACGACAUCUUACGAUGUUUGGCACGCAGAGCACAAAUAACUGAUGCUAGACUUAACAUCGAAUCAGUGCUAUUGCAUGUUUGUGUGUCGUUCCUUACAAAAUGAGAUAUUCUCUCUUGCGGGAAAUACAGUUGGUCAAGAAAGUUUGCAGAACACUGGCUCUGCAACAAAUGGUUUCGCUCCAUUGAGGAGGUGUGGUUCUAUUUGGUUGCGUAAAGUGCAAAAUAACACUAGUAUUCGAGACUGUGUGUCGCUCCUUCGCGGAAUGCUUGAGGUUUGUCGAGAGUCAUGUCCUGUAAACUUAUAUAGCCGACUGUACGUCCUCAUUGUCUUUCUUGUACAUAGUCGACAGCAGAGGGAGUCGCAUGAAAACGGUUAUGCAGUGUGCUCUUUCUUUUUUGCUGGUUAAUGUUGUGAAAAAGCCUUUCAAAGUGUGGCUUUAGGGUUAGUCCAAGUUGCACGGAGCUUGACUCAUAAUCAACUUACAUGGAAAAUUGUGGGCAAGCAAGAGAGAUGUUGGAUGAAUUAUACCACAUACCAAUUGACCAAUUCUGCAAUAGCAGUCAUUUUCCUUUGUGUUUUGCUUGUCCACUACAUGUCUCGGCUUAUUGGACAUUUGAGGCAUAAAUGACUGCCUUCAAUGGUAGCUUGUGGCAGUGUGUCAGAAAAAAUCACGUUUCACUAUGUGUGUGCUUAAAGAAUGUAGAUUCAUCACUACAUUUUUAUUAUUACAUUCUUGUUGGCAAUUUCAUUAUGGCCGGUAGCCAAGUGGCACAAAGCCUAUUGUUGUAAUGAUAGUCUAAUGGUGAAAGUUGGACUCGUCGUCACAAGGUCGCAUUGCCAGUGCUGAUAAUCUCAUUGUGUCUGGUAUUGUGCAAAUAAUAAUUUGCACGUGAUAGGCUUAGUAAUUUGACAGUUGUCUCCAUUUCCUUACAAAAACAUUUGUAUAGUUCCAUACGACACCCAAAAGUCGUAUUGGGCUUUGUAGAAAGCUUGCUUAGUUACGUGAUUUUACAUUCAACAUGUUAAGGCUUGUUUUACGAAUGAGCAGUGUAUUUGAAAUGAUGCUGUGAUGCGACUAUCAAAUGUUGCAGCAAUUAUGAGUGUUGUCUUGUCUUGCAUCCAACAAGUUAUGGCUUAGCUUGGCAACUGAAUUUCGUGUCACAGUUGCAUUGGUCGUCCCAUUGUUCAUGUUCCUAAGUGCUAAAGAUUUGAAUACAUUUUGCAACUUUUAUGUCAUUGAUAUCUUUAGUUUCCAUCAAGACCAACAGAGGCUGGUCUAGUUCUGAAAUUUUCGUAAUGCUUGCGGAUCACGUAUUGUGUGCAGGUGUUCGUUAACUUUGAUGACAUGGCUCAUCUUAGGAUGCCAUUCGUGGAGUCUUCCUUGGUUCUUUGCUCUUCAGCAUAAUGAUCUCUUUUCCAAACAUCCUUGCCGUCGCAAUAUUUCAGAAUUGCUGACUACAUGUUGACAAUGGGCCUGUCGACGCUAUAAUGAUAGUUUAGUAGUAGCAGGCAGUAUAUAAGUAGUAACAAUAAACCACAUUGGUUUAUACCAUGUGAAUAUGUAUGGGUGGUAUAAUAGACAGCAUUUGCAGGUAACGUAACAACUACAGUAACGGAGCUUUUAAAAGUGCUUACAAAGUGAAGGCUGUGUGGAAGCUAAGUGAAAUGUUGAGGAGAAGCUUGAGUGCCGUUCCAGUGUUCUGGAUAAGAUGACUGACAUCUUCGUCUUGUGCAAACCGAGUUUGACCGCAGCAAAAACUAGUCUUCAGUAAGACUUGCUCUUCUCAAAACAGUGACUCAAGACAUGUUGCUUCCUUUCCUGGUUUCCUUAUUUGACUACAGUCCCUACUGUAAGUGUAGGAGACAUAUUGAGACAACUCAUUGAAGACUGAAAUGAAUGGGCUAGAGGUCACUUUAAUGUUUGUCGAGACUUACUUUCCGCUCUAGGCACUAGCUCCUGGUUGUACUGUGUUCAUGUCAAACUGUGUACUUCGCACACGUGAAACAUUUCGUGCAAUAUAUCGUCACUUGUCUUCAUGUCUAGUGCGGAAAAGUGUUCAGCAUGUCCGCAAACAAGAGCGUUGAAACUUUCCCAUUAGCAAACAACUAUACCACAUGCUUAUAUGAGCUGUUCUCGAGAGCGUCAUGUAGGGCUUUGCAGGUUGCAGUUAAGCCUUAUCGUUUCUGGUUUCAUGGUGUAAAUAAUGUAAAAAAAAAAAAGGCUAUAUAUGCACAAGCUAUCAUUGCCGUAUUCACCUGUCAUAGCGUUUCCUUCCCGAAGUGUAACAACUUUUCCUGUCACGCUUUUUUCAUCUGUAGUGCAGAUACAUUUUCAGUGCUGAUAGCGUAUAGACCUGUGAAAUGUAUGUAUGCCUUAUUUAGGACACGCAUUUCAUUAACACCCACGCCAUGGUCAUAACCGAGAUAAGAGUUUCAUGCAGUUACUGCUGGAGGCCAUUGUAACCACGGCAAGAGAAGCCUCGUUCGAAUUUGUUCUUUCUUUGUGUGUGUUUGCAACACAAAUUAAGGUUGCAGGAAUGUUCAGGGUUUUGCAGUUGAUGCAUGUAAUUAAGGCCUGCUGAACACAGGUUGAGCUUGAGCAGCUUAGAAUACAAAGCUUAAUGGUUCGCUCAUUGUUAACAUGAUGUUCUGAUCCAGUGGUGGCUGCAUGGAAUUCCGAGGCCGUUGCUAUCUAUAACAGAUAAUUGCAAGCGGGUGUGGACUCUGCAAAAGUCAAUGGGACUCUGCUCCACAUUCCAUUGCAAGCUUGGUUGUACCUUCAUGCAAAAAUGAUGUUGGCGAUUCUUACUUUCAGACACUUCUUUCAGAUCUGCCUGUUGUGGUCAACGACACUGCCCGACAGAGCAUAUAUGUUGGCUGUGUGGAGUCUUGGCUUUGGGCACAUAUUGAUAUCUAUUAAAGAAUGUUAUCUCAG